UUAAUAUUGGAAGACUGUAGCAGUGGGUGUCUAAGAUGGACUACUGCAAUAAAAUUGUGCUGGCACCUAUGGUGAGGAUAGGUACCCUACCAACAAGAUUGUUAGCUUUACAGUAUGGUGCUGAUAUUGUGUAUAGUGAGGAAAUAAUUGACCACAAAAUACUUGCCGCUAAAAGGAUUGAAAACAGCAUACUAGGAACUGUGGACUAUGUGCUGUCAGACACAACGCUUGUCUUUCGUACACAUCCUGAUGAGAGAGGGAAGAUUGUCUUUCAGAUGGGUACGGCUGAUGCCAAGACGGCUCUGAGAGCAGCAAAGAAAAUAGAGAAUGAUGUUUCAGCUAUUGAUGUAAAUAUGGGAUGCCCUAAAGAGUUUUCUAUAAAGGGUGGAAUGGGGGCUGCAUUACUCAAGAAACCAGAGAAAAUUAAAGAGAUAUUAACCACCUUGGUACAGAAUGUUAAAAUACCAGUGACAUGUAAAAUCCGACUGCUACCAGAGUUAGAGGACAAUAUCUCCCUCGUAAAGAUGAUAGAAAGUACAGGGGUGUCCGCUAUUGGGAUACAUGGUAGACUGACAGAAGAGAGGCCGAGGCAUACAAACAGAAAUGCUACCAUUAAAAAACUGGCACAAAUUUUAAAUAUACCAGUGAUUGCCAAUGGGGGAUCGAAAGAAAUACAAUGUUACGAUGAUAUAGAGAAGUUCCGACAGUCCUGUGGUACGACGUCUGUAAUGAUAGCUAGGGCGGCAGAAUGGAAUACUUCGGUGUUUAGAAAAGAGGGAAAGCUACCUGUCAAAGAUGUAGUUAAAGAAUAUUUGAAAAAAGCUAUAGAAACAGAUAACGGGUUUCCAAACACCAAGUAUUGUAUAUUGAUGUUGAUGCACGCAGAUAUGGACCAGCAAGAAGGCCUCGAUACACAAGAUUCUAAAUGUAUUGAGGAGAUAUGUGAGAUAUGGGGACUGACAGAGUACAUGAAGAAAGUGAGGAUGGAAAGAAAGAAAAGACAAGAGGAAGUGGACAGAUAUCUCGGCAUCAAAAAACGAAAGUUAGAGGAUGGUACAAGCCUCAUAGAAAUGCCUAUACGAUUUAUAAAAAAAGAUUACCCUGUUGGUGUAAGCCCAAAGUUGAAGCUCUAUGAAUGGACAAAGAGAAAUAAAGUUGAUCUACCUCAAUAUAUAACUACGGAGAGAACAGACGAUAGGUGCUUCAAAUGCGUGAUGGAACUAGAUGGGUCAAAGUUCACCUCCUCUAUGUGGGAAAAAUCCAAGCAGUUAGCAGAGCAAGCUUCAGCCAUUGUUGGACUGAUUGUUAUAGGAGAGGAUGAUGGGAGAAAACCUGAGAGUGACAGCCCAAAUGAUGAUGUCAUCAAAGUUUGGAGAGAGGAAUUCCAUAUAUCUCAUGAUACUAUUUAUAGACACAAAUCUAAGAAUUCUGGGAAGGGAGAUGAGGAAUUCUCAAAAUCUAAAAAUAGAAAUACAGAUGAAAUUUCCUCAGGAAUUAACGGUGUUCACUGUGUUGAACAAAAUAAUGAUAAAGGUGAUAGUAAUGCAAUAAAAGUAACCAAUAACUCUGUCGGACAUGAUGACGAUAAAGAAGUAAAUGAUGUGAUAUCUGAACCAGGAAUGUUGAAAAAUUCAGGUAACAGCUGACAAUAUUGUACCAGGAUCCGAAUUGAGCAGAUGAUAGGUUCAAUAGAAACUUAUAUGUCAACAAUUUGUUUAUUACUGUAAUUGGAUAUGGUAUAUAUAGUAUUGACUUGAAUACCAAACAUGGACUAUAUGAUAAGUGUACUUCGUAUACAAUUACCGUUGUACGUUUAUUGUAUAACACAGUUUUUUAUGACUUAUCUAAUCCUCAAACUAUGGAUUUCUUAUAAUAGAUUGGUCCUGCUUUGAAUUUUGAACAAUGCCUUUGAUGUUUAAGGGAAUUUUUUUUUAUUAAGAUACAAAAAAUAUUCUACCAACAGUGUAGAGCAUGGUCUGAAUGCAUAGAUGUGCAGGCUGACCUGGCUCUUUACUGGUGACAUAGGCUAAUCGCUUCCAGUCCGAGCAUGUUGAGUGUUCAAUCUGACUUGAUUACCAUUUAGUAGAUUGUUAUCUUGUCUGUUUUGAAGAAAAAGUUAAGGUAUUAUGAUUUCUAUGGAGUCUUGUGGUCGUGGUGCAAAAACUAUAAUGCAGCCCAUUAUUUAAACAUUUUAAAAGUUAUCAACAUAAAACUUUGAAGACUUGCUUAUCAUGACAAGGGGCAAAAUUAUGAAAACAAUAUUUUUGAUCUUGUGCCCUUUUUUAACAGACUAGCAUUGUUUGAAUUUGAAAUGAAACACAUACUGUAUUAAUAGAGUGUAGCUCAUACUGUUAGAGUCUGGUACAAACAUGUGAUACGUUUUAUAGUGCCUACUUUUGAUGAACUUUAUGUAAAACAUCUAGUCUUCCCAUAUACUGUUUAUAUCACAAUCUUUUAUUUGAUUAAAGCACUGUUGACUAUGAAUUAAUGGUUUUUAUUUAUUUUUGGGGUUUUAAUGUUUUUUAAAACAAAAUUGUAAAAUGGUGACAACUAGUAUUUUCGCCAUGGGUUUUCCUCUGUCUUCAUUCUUAAAGCUCUUUAGAGAAAUUCUCUUCGAAUUCUGUAUUAAAAUGUAAAAUUGGAAGUCAUUUAGAAAAGGGGAGGUAACUUAGAAAAGUUUAGAUAGUUAUGUCCUAUUUGUUAAAAGAUAUUUUCAUUGUCAAUUAUAUGUGCAGGUUCAUAAAACAUAAAAUAGGACCAAUGUCGUAAAAUUCAAUAUUAUGUUAAAUGAGCUCCACUGAGGUGAAAAAGCCUAAAAACAUAAAACUUGAAAUUCUUACAUAGAUCAAGUUAAGCACUUAAAGGGACUCCACUUUGUUUAAAUGCCUAAAAACAUAACAUUUGAAUUUCUUACAUAAAUGAGCUUGGGCACUUUAAACAGAAACAUAUGCACAGAUAGAAAUAUACUUUGAAAUAAAUUGAAAAUCAUAUUUUUUUUGCUUUUCUGAGCCAGUUUUGAGUUAUAAUUGUUUAAACGUUUUUUUUAUUUUGGGUCAUUUUUUACAGUUUGAAUAAUUAUUCUGGAAAAACGAAGUGCACAAAUGAUCUGAAAUUUUGCACAAAGAUUAGUGGUCUAAACCUACAUCAAAUGGUACAUUUAUCUGGACAAUAUUUCAGUCCCAUCAUGUCAAAAAACCUCAGGGAAGUCCCUUUAAAAUGUAAUAAUCUGCAAAGGAUAAUAAGAAAAAGAAAUAAAUUAUACUCGUGAGUAAACUGAAUAUCUAUAUUCGUGCAAUUCUUUGCACAAUUUGAGCGAAAAGCGUUGCAACACUUCAUUUUUUUUAUCAUUUUACACAAUAAAAAUGAUUAUUCUGGCAAAAAUGAAUUACAGAAUGAUCUGCAAUUUUGCACACAUGUAAUUGGUGCAGACCUACAUCAAAUGGUUUAUAAAUCUUUCCAGCCCAACCUCAGUGGAGUCCCUUUAAGUGUUAGGUCAAGCUCCAUUUCAAACAUGGAACUUGGAGAUAUGGAGCACUCUAACUUAAAUUCAGCUCUUGUAACUUAAAGUGGCCUUCAACUUUUUUCAAUUUUUUGUCGGAAAAAAAAAAAUUUUGUGUUGUUUCAAAGUCGGUAUUUCAGUAAUUUUAUCUUGGAAAAUUGCAUCAUAUCACUCUUAGAUUUUUUUUCAAAACUAUGUCCCGAGAGCUAGUGACUUUCGUUUCUAAAAAAUAGAAGAUUGGGAAAUGAAUCAUCUGCUAUACUUAUUUAAGUAUAGGGAGUGUACUGGUAAAUUAAAGGUAUAGAGGGAUUUCCUUAUUGUAUAUGUAUUUCAUCAAUGUCAAAUUUCAUUUUCCACCAUGAUUCUUUUGAUUUGAUAUGAAACAAUUUAUGUAAAAAUAACAUAUUUAACCUUAAUAAAAUCUGAAGGCCACUUUAAAGUGAUUUUUAAGGAUGUUGAUAUAUGUUUUUAAUUUGAUGCAAAUAAUAAGUCUAGGUAAUAUUUUUAACCCUAUACAUUUUAGUUUCUGUUUUUAAAACCAUGCAAAUACUAUAUUAAAACACUGAAAUAAAAUAAAACAUGAAAUCAUCAGG